AUGAAAACCAAGUCAUCCGUGAACAAAAACAAAAAAUGCGGCUCAAUGCCACAAGUUACUCCAAAGUUUCCACCCGAUAUAACCGCAAUAAACUUGAUUGAGAAGGCCAUAACCAAACUUGACAGUACUGGCCAAUUAUCCAGAGUACCUAACGCUUUCAUCGCUUAUCGUAUGGCAUUCUGUAAGGAGCUUAGCUCGAUGAAGCAUCCGGUUAUUACUCAACCGAAACUUUCAUCGAUGGUUAAAGAAUCUUGGUCGAAAGAACCGGAAAAUGUUCGAAAGGAAUAUCAACGUAUUGCUGCUGAGGCCAGAGACGUUUAUCGACAAAUGUGUCAAGAAAGACUUCCCUCUUUCAUCGAAAGUGAAUAUCAAGCACAAUUCACAUGUAACUACUUUCAGCAGGAGAAAAGUUCCCCCGUUUUUACCCCGAAUGUAAAUGACACAACAUGUUUUAAUAAUGUCAAUACACAAAAAGAAAAUUCGAUGAUUUUACCUCCCGUUUCAACUUUAGAAACGAACAUUUAUCAAUCAGAUCAAUCGUUUUUCCCCGAUUCUUAUUUUAAUUCGCCAUCAAUUAAAGAUGACAAUAUCGUUUCACAAACUUUGGAUCAUCUUUAUGAUCCAUUUUCUUUUCCCUCGAAUUCGGAUAAUUUCGUCACCGGUCCCUUUUCUUCUCCAACGCAAGACUAUUCAAAUUCACCCUUUUCGAAAAAUGAUAAUUUAGACGAUUCUGUUUCUUCUUCUCCCCUGUCAUCAAAUUAUGAUUCCUCUAUUUUACCACAAGCUAACUGCAAUUUCUGUAAAGAAAAGGUGCUCUCUCUCCAAGAGAAAAUUCAAAAAUUAGAAAAACAACUCGAAAAAUUGACUAAUAUAGUCACUGAAUCCUCGUAA